AUGGACGGACUUUCCAAUCCACGGAAUAUUGUUGAUGCCAUAAAACUUUCUAUCAACACAGCCUCCGUUUUGUAUAAAUAUGCCAGCGAUGUCAAGAACGCCAAGUCGGAUAUGAAAGACCUCAGCGAGGAAAUCAAAGUUCACCUUUCUAUUUUGGAAAAAGCCAGGGAUCUUCUAGAAAGUCAAAGCGGCCGUCUACAAGUAUCCCAAGAUCUGCGACCCGCUCUCGACGCGAACUACUCUGAGCUUGAUAGUAUCAAACUUCAGCUGGACAAGGAAUUAGGAGAAACUUCCAGCGUCCGGAAGCGAAUAUCGAACAGACUACGAUGGUCAUCUCAGAAGCAUAAGAUUAAAUAUGACAUUGAAAAGCUGCGAAAAUCCCGAGAGGAUAUCGGGAGCGCUCUCAGUAUUGACAACGCCAACGCAAUCAUGGAUAUCCACGCUAUCCAAUCCGACGAGAUCCUCUCUAAGCUCUCAGUGGUCCAAGGCGCAUCUUUCGACUCCCACGCCAAUGAACACGAAUCUCGAUGUCAUCCUCUCACUCGCGUCAAGAUUCUAGGAGAAAUUGAAAAAUGGGCUCAAGAACCGGAGGGGCGACGCAUAUAUUGGCUCUGCGGUAUGGCAGGCACCGGCAAAUCUACAAUUUGCAGAACGAUUGCUCAUCGUCUGACAAGUUCAAACAUUGUAACCGCUAGUUUCUUCUUUAAAAGAGGUGACAACGAUCGGGAUAAGUCAACUGCUCUCUUUACUACCAUUGUGAAACAACUUGUCGAAUAUUUGCCGAAAGAAAUGGCGGCACAUGUCAAGAAAGCAUUGCAAGAUAAUCCAAGCAUAGGCGGUAAAAUGCUAAGCAAGCAGUUCGAGAAGCUCAUAUUGGAGCCAUUGAAGAGCUGCAAGUCGUUGCCGCCAGUCAUAGUUAUCGUGCUGGAUGCCCUUGACGAAUGCGAGGACCAGGCCAGUGGUGCCAAAAUUAUCGAGCUUCUGCCAAGUGUUGAAUCUAUCUCAUCUACGUGCUUUAAAGUCUUGGUUGCCAGCAGGCCAGAGUGUCAUCUCCGAACAUCUUUUGCCCAGCUAGAAUGUAAGUAUCGCGAAAUCUUCCUUUAUGAGGCACUCCAUGAGGUCGCGGAUGCGGAUGUCCGGAAUGACAUCUCUAUCUUCUUGGAGUCUCAACUAGGAGAUAUUAGAGACAAGUACAACCUUACCAAUUUACCACUGCCCGCAACUUGGCCAUCAGAGUCACUCAUUAAAGCUCUUGUCGAUAUUUCGGUGCCUCUAUUCAUUCUGGCGGCAACUGCGUGUCGUUUUAUUGGUGAUAAAGGUCUCGGCAUUCCUGAGACGCUGGCCCUGGAAUUUCUACAACAGCAUCGACAGCUUGGUAAAACGAACCACCUCUCUAGGACAUAUCUCCCCAUACUAGAGCAAUUACUUGUUAAUCGGAAUGGAGCUGUGCCAGAGGAUCGCUCGGAAGCAGAGAAAGAAAUAAUUCUCGGAGGAUUCCGCCGAGUUGUCGGUACAAUUGUGCUUCUUGAAGCGCCUCUAUCAGUCAUAUCACUUUCAAAAUUCCUUCAAAUGAACCCAGGAGAUGUCAAUCUACGACUCUCGGGUUUGAAUUCAGUUUUAAAUGUCCCCAAAGACUCCAAUAGCCCGGUCAAACUAUUUCAUCUGUCAUUUCGAGAUUUCCUUGUUGGGACCGGUGAUCAGGAUCAGAAACAUGAUUUCUUGAUUGAUGAGCGAGAAACACAUGCUAAUCUAGCUCGUCAGUGUAUUGCCUUGCUUUCAAGGGAUUGCAAUCUCAAACAGGACAUCUGUGGACUUAAUCACCCGGGAAAACUGAGAUCCGACAUUAGCCAAGACACAAUCGACAUUUUUUUGCCUCCACAUAUUCGGUACGCAUGUUUGCACUGGGUCUUCCACUUGAAAGAGAGCCGGGGCCGCAUACGCGUUGAUGAUGAGAUGCACUGCUUCCUCAUCAAACAUCUGAUUCACUGGCUUGAGGCACUCAGUCUACUGGGUCGCAUUGUCGAGGGCGGAGAUAUGGUGGGAAAUCUCUUGUCCUUGCUUGAUAACGAUGAUAGAGCAUUCGGCCUCCUGCGCGAUACUAAGCGGUUCAUACGUGCGUAUCAGCAUAUAAUGGACGUAGCGCCACUGCAGAUAUACUCUUCUGCCCUGCUAUUUGCGCCAAAGAGAUGCGAAUUUCGACGAUGCUUCGAAGGAGCAAUUCCAAAGUGGAUAAAGCAUCAACCUAUUGUUCCAAUGGACUGGGAUCUGUGUCUUCAAACCUUGGAAGGCCACAAUGAACCUGUAUCCCAAGUCGUUUUAUCGCCAGAUUCAUCACUCAUAGCGUCGAGCAGCGGGAAUAUGGUUCUAAUCUGGGGAAGUUAUACCGGCAGGUGUAUUCAUGAAAUCGACGCCUUUGAUUCAAAAGCAAUCUCAUUCUCACGCGACUCCAGAUUCUUUUACUCUGUCCUGUCGGAUGGUGAAGUUGAGACGUGGGAGACAGAUACAUGGACCCGAAAGGCAGUCAUCAAGGUGGACGGUGCAACUGGAGAUACAACGAUGCGAAUGGCUGCCAUUUCUCUUGACUGCACACUCGUCGCAGUAGCCUUUGACACGGUUGUCGAAAUCCGGUCAAUUUCUAAGCUCGGCGACUUCGUCAAGAGCAUACAGAUGCAUAGAUCUAAUCCUAGCUACUUAACGUUUUCUCCAAACUCCGCUUAUAUCGCUGCACAGUUUUCUCUUCCCGACUCGCUAGAAGUUUUGCCUAUCCGUGGCGGAGAGUCUAACGUGAUAGAGCACUGUUUGGCUGCAGCAUAUUCGCCCGAUUCUUCUCUUGUGGCGUUGAGUUUGGAAGGCGCCAUAGAUAUACGCCGCGUCGAUGAGCAGUCGAUGAGCUUCCUUCGAAUUAUCUCUUUGGAAGAUGGGUGCAAGGUGCACAGUCUAGCCUUCUCUCACGAUGUAGCACUCUUAGCAAUUGGGCUGGAGGCUAAUAGAUUCGGCAUCUGGUUGACGGACACUGGCGAGUGCAUAUGGACGGCCAGUGAUCAUACCGAUAAGAUUACAUCGCUUUUGUUUUCGCAUGACUCUACGUUUCUUGUCUCGUCAUCCCACGAUGAGACAUUGCGUAUUUACAGCGUUAGCAAACACCCAUCGUCCGAAGCUCAUGAAAGACAACACAUGCAAGCUGACUCCGUUACAAUUUCACCCGAUUCAUCACUUAUACUGCUAAAACCAGACAUACGUCCACACAGCCCACGCAGCAGCGAUGCUAUCUGGCAGGUUUUGCGGGCUGACUCAGGUGUCUGUGUUGAAGAGUUCGCCUGUGAGGAAUUGCAAAGCGAGCCAAGCUUCACGCAAGACUCUGCCUUGGCAGUAAUUAGAGGCGGCGCGGCUGAGAUUUGGCACCCUGAUAGACGCCACUUCGUACAAGACCUGAAUGGGCUUGGCUCGGAUCCAACUGGAGUUCCUGUAGCUUGCUUCUCAGCGGAUUUUACGCUGGCUGCAGGCAUCCUAAAGGACAGAUCUUUGCGGAUUUGGCAAAUCAAAACAGGUGAAUGCAAACGAGAAGUCCAGUCCGCGGUGCUCGAUGACUGCCAAUCAUGUACGCUGUGCUUCUCUCCAGACGCGUCUCGAAUAGUAUGUGCCCCGGAAUACGGAAACAAGAUUUUUGUUUGGCAGGUUGACACGGAUACACCUGCACAAAGGUUUAAGCUGCCGAGAAAUGAUGCUUGUAACCACCUUGCCUUGUCUAACACGAAACUCGCUGUGACGCAUGGUAUGGAAGGUCUCAAAAUAUGGAGUCUUGAAACAGGUGACCUUCUACUGGAGAUGGAGCACACUGGCACACAAGACAUUGUCAAACUCGGUUUUUCACACGACUCGACGCUUCUAGCAACAUCAUCAACACGCCGGGGGAUGUUUAUCUGGAAUGCCAACACAGGUGCCCGUGAGUGUAUGAUGUGGCUCAAUCAUUUGUUGAGGAUCACCCAUCUCUCCUUCGAACUCCCCGAUAAUUCCGAAUUGCGCACCAAUCUCGGCCGGAUCAAGUUCAAAGAUUCCGCAACAUUGGGUGAAAAUGCAGUUGAUGUUAGGCGGUCCCGGCAAUGGCAAUUUGAUAAGCUUAAUUAUAGCAACAGUGACCGGGAUGAUGACAGUUCCUGGAUCUCAUUCAAUGGGGACAAACUGCUAUGGCUGCCCGCAAAAUCUCGAGGGGGUUGGAGAAUACCGAGCGCUGUUUCAGAAUCUGUGGUUGUGAUUGCAUCUAAUCAUUCUGCACCCCAUGUGAUUAUUGGAUUUAAUUUGGAAAAAAUCCCCAGGUGGUACCAAAAUGCGCAUAAAUACUCUUCAAAUUAUAUGUAG